AGUAAUAUUCAAAAACCUCAUUUGAGAAGGAUACGAUCAUCCUCAAAAGGAUUGGAUCGAAUGUUGGCAGGACUUCCAAUCGAUUUACAAAAAGAUAAAACAUGUUGGGGCAUCGGAUUAUAAAUUCUACCUUGGCCAGGAGGCUUACAGAACUUCGUCGUCGUUCAUAUUCGUUGUUGUCCAAGUCACUAACCUGUGAUCACCUGACGUCCUCUAUCGGCACGACUGCCAAAGACUGUAGAUAUUCGACUUCGAAUCACUUUGACUCGAGUGCAUCUCUUGAUUGUGGCCUACCUCGUUGCAGCAAAGAAUUGGGGGAUCCCCUACCAUUUGACGAACAUGCUUGUUCGGUCUCGCUUCCAACUUGGUGUUCGGUUGUCGGUUACGAAGAGGGUGAUCAGGAGACGGUAAUGGCAUUGAAAACUGGAUACCCACGCUUUGUCUAUCAUCCGUAUGUCCUACAGCUGAUGGAAGUGAUUUUGGAUAUGUUCCCGAAUAGUGAUAGCCACAAGGAAGAUUGCUUGGUACUUCCGACUAAGGAAGCUGCUUUGAGGUGUCAGGCCUUCUUGCGGGAGAGUUUGGAACAGAACAAUAUCGGGAACUCUUUUUCGAGUACUCAUUCUGCUACUCGGGUAGACAAUGCUUUAAUAGAGCGACCAGAAUGUGAGUCAACUUCGAUGGGAAAAGAGUCUGGUUCAUUCAACAGUAAAAUUCGAGUGGUCUCUUUAGAAGAUGCAGGUGUCCAUGCUGUGUUGUUCCCCGCCGAAACAUCCGCUGGGACUGAAGCCAAGGCUUAUUGGCAACACACAGGUGAACUCGUCAGUAGUCGACGAGCUGAAAAAGGACUGAAUGUGUUGGGAAAACAAUUUUCGAAACGAGUUACGUGUUGUCCAAUGGAAGGAACACCGACUAUCUUGCAUUCCUGUGACACCUCGAUCUGUUCGAACGAAGCUACAUCGGGAAGUGAAAGUGCAUUGUCACACGAACAACUCAAAAAGCGAAUAUCUAGUUGGACAAAUGUAGAGAGCGACAACGUGUUUUUGGUUCCUAGUGGUAUGGCUACCAUUUAUAAAUCACUAAGAUCAGCUCGUCGAUAUCAGCUGGCCAAGAAUCCAUCCUCGCUUGGCGGAACAUCGAUUGUCUAUGGAUUUCCCUACCUUGAUACCCUUAAGAUGUGCUCUCGGAAAGAAUUCUCUCCUGCUGGCGUCGAAUUCUUUGGGAAGGGUGACGAAAACGACUUGCAACUACUCACGCGAAUAUUACAAGAAAGGGAGGAGAGCAGCUGGUCUGCCGUGUUCACUGAAGUCCCCUCCAAUCCUUUGUUGCAAUGUCCUGAUUUAGAAGCUCUGAGGAGCUUAGCGGAUGAACACGAUUUUUGCGUUGUUGUGGAUGACACGAUUGGAAAUUUUCUCAAUAUUGACCUCCUCCAAUCCGGAUUGGCUGAUGCUCUAUGUACAUCACUGACCAAACUUGUUUCGGGACGCGGAGAUGCAAUUGCAGGAAGCGUCAUCACCAAUCCAAACACAGAAAAGGGAAGGUGGAUGAAGGAGGAUUUGGAAAAAGAUACAGAUAUUUUUGGAGGCCUACACGAAGCUGAUGCUAUGGCUAUGGUCCACAAUUCCGUGGACUUUCCAGCACGAAAUUCCCGGAUAAAUGAGACGACUGAACUCUUGGCAGACUUUAUGAACGAUCACCCUGAUGUUGAUGUCGUGUGGUACCCUAAAUUCGUGGCGCCCCUUUUUACGAGAUACCAACAAGCAGACGGUGGCUUUGGAGGCCUAUUCUCUAUACACUUGGGUCCCCACAUCUGCCAGAGAACUUUCUAUGAUCUAUUGGACGUAGCGAAGGGGCCAUCGUUGGGCACGAAUUUCACAUUGGUCUGUCCGUACACUUUGUUAGCGCACUACCACGAAUUGGACUUCGCCAUGAGCCACAAUGUUCCGCCAAAUCUGAUCCGAAUAGCGGUGGGCCUCGAAGACUUCGACGAAUUGAAAGAAAAGUUCGCUUUUGCACUUGACAAGAGUCGACUACACCCAAAACUCCCAUGCUCAUGAAUGAUGUCGUAAAAAAWUUUAUUAGACAUAAUUUUGACUCGCCGCGACUCAAACUCUUCGGCGUCAUAAGAAACAUAUUAAUUAUUGAUUUUGAUGAAGCAUAAAAUGCAGAAAAGAAGCGCAAUCUUCUUGAGCAAAUGCAUAGAUUAUGGUCAUACAUUGCUUCUCGGAUUCAAGUUGAUGAUAGCUUUCACAAUUGUCGCACUCUUUUUGUGUUUUAAAAAUAUUACUUAUGCCUUCGGACCGAUAAACUCUCCAUCAGCCUUGUGACUAACACUGCUAAUUGUUCCUCCACUUUCCUUGAAAUCAGCCCAGCUUUGGUAAUGAGCGCAAGUCUUGUGAAAAUCGACAGCUUCUUUGUUCUCGUACACUUCAUAGAACCAGAAUUUGUUGUCUUGGCUCUGGUCUCGCAGGACAUCUUCGCAAUCAGUUAUGGUGAAAUAGAGGAAAGUACAUACAGAGACAAUAAGAACAUUAUGUGUGAAAGAGAAAUUAACACAACGAGAAUUCCAAGGAGGUUUCGAACCCUUUAGCCCCAGCAUCAAACAACAGUUUUGUUUGCAUCAUCCUCUAGGACACUACUGUGGUGCACACCAUUCGGCAAUCGUACAACAUACCGAAACGGAUGCAACCGGGUUCCUUGCGUGAGCACUCCGCAUUGUUUUGGAUCAUUUUCAGGAAGUCCUCCAUUCGGUCGGGUUGGAUUUCAGCCUCUACAAUGACUGAAAAUGGUUUCGACGACAUUUUUAGGCUGGUGGUAGAGUAAGAAUUUCGAGCUAGAGAUGAUACCGAGGAUGCGGCCUUGUUGCUAAAUGCGGAAGAUGAUCGAAGCAGUAGAAGGCAAGAAGAGGUCAAGAGCUUCAUGGCUGAUAAACUGCUACGGUACUG